CGCGGCGUCACAGUCCCCUCAAAACGCUCCGUUCAUCAGCUCUUUCUAACUUCUCCUCCCUCGGUUUUCCUUUUGAGCUAUGGUCUUUAUCCCAGACAGGAAGAGAAGAGUUGUCCCUGCCUGCGGAGCGGAGGGAGGAUGCCGCAAUAGCUAUGGCGGCCCUCAGCGGAGUGGGGCGGCCUCAACCUAACGCGGGGCGGGGCCUCGGGGGCGGGGUCUCGGCGGGGCGGUCGCUUUUGGAGCCGCAAAGUUUGGCUGUGGCGGCAAAUGGGCUUGGGCGGCUCCUCGGCGGGUGGCGGUGGUGGCCGUAGCGGUUCCUCCUGGCCCUGUUAAUGUCGGGGACAGGCCCGGGGAGGAUGGCGCCCUAGAACCCGGCCGUGCUGGGGUAGGGGCGGGAGGGGACGGGGUGGGGACCGGCCAUGUCGGAGGUGACCCGGAGUCUGCUGCAGCGCUGGGGCGCCAGUUUUAGGAGAGGCGCCGACUUCGACUCUUGGGGCCAGCUGGUGGAGGCGAUAGACGAGUAUCAGAUAUUAGCAAGACAUCUCCAAAAAGAGGCCCAAGCUCAACACAAUAAUUCUGAAUUCACAGAAGAACAAAAGAAAACCAUAGGCAAAAUUGCAACAUGCUUGGAAUUGCGAAGUGCAGCUUUACAGUCCACACAGUCUCAAGAAGAAUUUAAACUGGAGGACCUGAAGAAGCUAGAACCAAUCCUAAAGAAUAUUCUUACAUAUAAUAAAGAAUUCCCAUUUGAUGUUCAGCCUGUCCCAUUAAGAAGAAUUUUGGCACCUGGUGAAGAAGAGAAUUUGGAAUUUGAAGAAGAUGAAGAAGAGGGUGGUGCUGGAGCAGGGUCUCCUGAUUCUUUUCCUGCUAGAGUUCCCGGUACUUUAUUACCAAGGUUGCCAUCAGAACCAGGAAUGACGUUACUCACUAUCAGAAUUGAGAAAAUUGGUUUGAAAGAUGCUGGGCAGUGCAUUGAUCCCUAUAUUACAGUUAGUGUAAAGGAUCUGAAUGGCAUAGACUUAACUCCUGUGCAAGAUACCCCUGUGGCUUCAAGAAAAGAAGAUACAUAUGUUCAUUUUAAUGUGGACAUUGAGCUCCAGAAGCAUGUUGAAAAAUUAACCAAAGGUGCAGCUAUCUUCUUUGAAUUCAAACACUACAAGCCUAAAAAAAGGUUUACCAGCACCAAGUGUUUUGCUUUCAUGGAGAUGGAUGAAAUUAAACCUGGGCCAAUUGUAAUAGAACUAUACAAGAAACCCACUGACUUUAAAAGAAAGAAAUUACAAUUAUUGACCAAGAAACCACUUUAUCUUCAUCUACAUCAAACUUUGCACAAGGAAUGAUCCUGACAUCAUGAACCUGGAACUUCUGUGAAUUUUACCACUCAGUAGAAACCAUCAUAGCUCUGUGUAGCGUAUUCACCCUUCAACAGGCAGGAAGCAAGCCGCACCCAGACCAGUAGGCCAGAGGGAGUCCAGUGCAAAGCUGUACCACAGAAUUCAAAGUCCAGCACAUCACUGACAUAUAGGACUCCUUUGGAUACAGGUUUAUUGUAGAUUUUGAAACAUGUUUUUACUUUUCUAUUAAUUGUGCAAUUAAUAGUCUAUUUUCUAAUUUACUACUACUCCUACCCUGCUUCCUGGAACAAUACUGUUGUGGGUAGGAUGUGCUCAUCUUCAGACAUAAUACAGCAAUAAGAAUGUGCUAGAGUUUACACAUCUGUUCACUUUUGCUCCAGUAUGCUCUUUUGACUUAACUUCAAGCUUUGGGUUGAUGUGGGUAGGGUAGUGUCAAACUGCUUUAAGAGGAAUUGGACCAGUUCUGCGGCCUAAGAAGGUCUGUCUGGAUGUUUAUAGGCAGCUCCUCUGAAGUGGCCUAAAUUCACCCUGAUCUGAUAGUUUUCCUGCUUAGAAAGUGUGCCUUGGCCAGAUCAGUAUCCCAUAUGGGAGUGUUCCCUAGGUUGUAGCUGUGAUUGUUUCCAGAUGACCAGAUUGUUUUUCUGAAAAUGAGCAUAUUUUUAGUCAUGUUGAUUAGCUGUUCUUCUACAUCACAUUGUUACUCUUUCUGAUGAUGAUUCUAGGGUUAACAUUGGAACCAUAUCAAAGUAAUUACAAAUUUUUAGAUGGGUUUACAAUGUCUUCUAAACAUGUAAUCUAAAAAUAAUUGAGUCAGAUGCUAACGAGAUACUGCAGGCAUAACUGCUGUUUUUCUGACAACUGAUUGUGAAACCUUAAAACCCGCAUACCUCUUCUUAUAGUGAGGAGUAUGCAAAAUCUGGAAAGAUAUUCUAUUUUUUUUAUAUAGGUAGAUAGGAUCGCCAUUUAUUUCCUAUUUAGAUAUACUGACAUUCAUCCAUAUGAAAAUAUGCAGGUCAUUAGCUUACUAUAAUUUGACUAUUUACUUUUGACUUAAUGGGGCAUAAAUAAAACUUUCAUAGUACACAUGAGGUGGAUAUUUGAUACACAGAACAUUUGUGGUGGGCUUUCUGUGGGUUAGAUGUAAAGCCCACAUAUUUUAAUAUUCACUAUUUUAAAUGAGCAAUGCAUGAGGGGAAUGCAGUGUCAGUACCUGGCCUAUUUUUAAACUAGUGUAAUCACCCUAGUCAUACCAUUCAGUAUGUUUGCUUUUUAAAAUAAGUAACCACAAUUAAGUUGUUUUAGCCCUUGCACUUCAAGAGAUCUAGUCUUUACUUUCAGUUGUCUGUUAGGUCCAUUCUGUUUACUAGACGGAUGUUAAUAAAAACUAUGUGAGCCUGAACGAAUUCUCGGCCAAAUUUAGUCUUGUCUCUCAUCUUGAUUGGAUUAAUUCCAAAUUCUAAAAUGAGUCAGUCCACAAUAGCUCUAGGGGAUGAAGAAUUUGCCUUACUUUAUUGUUCACUCAGUUCCUAAGACUGUGAGUUGUCAAAUCCCUAGACUGUAAGCUCUUCAAGGAGCAAGAAGCGCAUUUUCUCCGUGUCAUGUAAUUUUUCUAAGGUGCUUGGCAGCACUCUGUACCCUGUGGAGUACUCAGUACCUUUUGUUUGAUGUUGCUGACAAGACCUAAAAAAUAAUCCCUUAAAAAAACGAUUAAAAUGUAGCAAAACCGAUGUAUUAUUUUUUCUCUUUUCUCAUAAACCGUAAGAUAUGUAUAUCAAAGUGAUAAUUUAUAUGAAGCAUCUGCUAUCCUUCACAUAAGUAUGGUUUAUAUGAACUACAAAUACCUUUCAUCAACAUUAAAGAAGCUUAAAUUGAA